AUGGUCUCAACGGACAACAACCCAUUCCCCGUCUCGCUGGACACGCAAGAGCCGCCGCCACUGACCGCCAUGGUACGCCGCCGAUUCGAUGGUGUUGGAAACGAGCUAUCCAUUGACCGCGUGCGCUGGCGCACGCUGCGCUCCUACGAACUGGUGGCCGGAACGCAUGACGCUCCUACGACCGCGGAUCGUCUCGGCGCUGCCAUGAAGGCUGCUAUCCACGAAGCUCUAGUGGCGAGCGGUGCCAUACAACGAGCGGAAUGCGAAGGGAUCAGCAACCGCCAGCCACACCGGCUCUUCCUGAACCCAGAACUCAAUGUUGCAGCUCGCGGUCUUUCCAGGCCGUCCAGCCCGGCCGAUUUUGCGACUGAUCCGUUGCCAAUUAGCUCCAUGGGCUUGACGGUGCCUGGCGCAGAGAUUGCACCCGAGGGUUUGGCCCCAAACCCCCUCGAGGCGCCGGCUGAGGCCAUCAUGGAUCUUACAGCAGACGACGAGGACACAGAGGUGGAAGGAGACACUGCGGAGGGUGUAGACAGCCCUACGAAGGAUGAGGAGGACGUAACGAUCAAAGACGAAGUGCCGUCGUCGCCUCCUUGGUCGCGGAACAAACUGCGACGCAUUGAACGCGUGGUUGAAACCGAGGUCACGGACGCACAGCUGCGGACUGCUAGCGACUUUGUCAAGGUCGUCCCAACACGCUGGCAACGCCGGAAGAAACGCCAUCAGAGGAAAGUGAAGGCUGGAGACUGGAGCGAGGGACGUUCUCGCAAACGCCGUCACCAGGCGAUGUGCGGGUUGACCCGCAGCGGAACGCAGCUUUACCAUGCUCACUCUACAAAGGCAAAGAUGGUGAAGGCCCUUCUGCGUCUACGGGGCUACGGACACGACUGCGAGAACUACGCCAACGUCGGCCUACUUACCAGGAGCCACCACCAUCGGUCAACUUUCCACCUACUCUACCUAUUGAGGUGCCAUGGCCGAGCAACAUUCGCAUGA